AUGAAGAGUUUCCUUAUUCUUCUAUUUCUUAUUCCGCUCAUUUCAGCGAAUAAAGACAAAGACUCCGUCGAUUCCUCUUUUCCAUUGAUCGCUUUGAUUAUCUCCGUUGUUGCGCUCGUUCUCUCGAUUAUCAGCAUCGUUCUUGCAGUCAUUAUUCUACGCAUGUUCCUCAAAGCGAAAAAGGGUGUCGGAAAAUUGGGAAGAUUGAUGAAGAGU